AUGCUUCUGGUUUCAAUUGCAGGUGUUCCCAAUCUCACUACUAUUUACAUAUAUGACCAUCCUCGUCUUAUAAGUACAAAGGUAUCUUCUACUGGGAUGUUGAGUCUUAUAGUUACAAAAGAUUCCCUGCUAAUUGGAAUGGAGCAAAUGGUUGGUCUUUCCACUUCUUUAGAAGAAAUUGCAAUCUCUGAAUGUGAUUCACUCGAUUGCUUCCAGCUGGACUUGUUUCCCAAGAUAGAGAGGCUGGAUGUCGCAAAUUGUCUAAGUCUUGAAUCGGUUUGUACCCGUGAAGAACCUCUUGCGGAUUUCACGUCCCUUCGUUAUCUAUCAAUCACAGACUGUCCUGCUUUCUUUACUUUUCCUGAUGGAGGAUUAGCUGCCCCAAACUUGACAAGCCUUGAGUUAAGGGGUUGCAUAAAUUUGAUCUCGCUGCCAGAGAGUAUGCAUUCCCUCCUCCCUUCCUUCGAGAAUUUGAAGUUAGUGUCCCUUUCAGAACUUGAUUCGUUUCCAAGAAGUGGUUUGCCUUCCAAAUUAAAAUCACUGUGCAUCAACUGUUGCAGCAAACUCAUUGAUAGCCGCAUGUUAUGGGAUUUGCAAUCACUUCCUUCUCUUUCAACCUUUUCAAUUGAAGACUAUGAAGAUAUGGAAUCCUUCCCUGAGGAGGCAGUACUGCUACCCUCAACUCUUACUUCUCUUGCAAUUCGUAGUCUUUGGAAUCUGAAAUCUCUAAACUACAAGGGGUUUCAACACCUCACCUCUCUUAGAGAAUUGAAGAUCAAAAACUGCUAUUUUCUCAGAUCCUUGCCAGAAGAAGGGCUGCCCUCCUCCCUUUCUUCUCUUCAAAUCCGAGCUGUGAAACUGAAGCAUAUUAUAAUCGGAUCAUUGGUUAAUCAUGCUGCUGUAGUUGUAAAGAAGGAACUUGAUUUAAUGUGCUAUGACCUUCUAUAUGACAUGCUUUCUUCCUUGAUUGGUCUGCAGCGGCACACUCUCCAGCGAGCCAUAGUUUGCAGCUUGCAGAAUGGAAACUGCUUAAUAUGUGAACGGUUUACAGCCAAAACAUUGGUAAGAUAUGCCAUUUCAUCUUAUCCUGAUAUAACAUCACUUGUAAAUGGCUCAUUCUACUGA